AUGGCCCUCGUCAAAUGGCACGAACUCCCGAUGAAGACGGACCUGAUGCUCGACGGGUUGGUUGCUAAUCAACCUCAAGACCAAGCAAGUCUUCUCUCUGGCUUUCAGGCCAUGCCCUCGUGGCAAAGCUACUUCAAACAACCUACCGGUGCCCUACUUGGCAUCUACGCUGCUUCUUUCUUCCUUCCUUCCAUCUUCACAUCGUUCAUUGGUGACUAUCUCUCCACCAAAAUCGGUCGACGAUGGUGCAUCAUCAUCGCGUGCAUGGUUCUCAUCCUUGGAGCCCUUGUCAAUACCUUUGCCAUCUCUAUCGGCAUGUGGUGCGCCGGUCGUGCUAUUAUGGGAGCAGGAGUUGGUAUAAUCAAAGUCGCGACUCCCGUGCUCAUUCAGGAGAUUAGCCACCCUCGGCUUCGACCUAUUCUUGGCUCCUGCUACCAAACAUUUGCCUACUUUGGAAUCUUCUUCGCGGCUCUAAUGACCUCUCACAAAAUCCUCGCCGCGAUGCAUGCUAAUGGCGAUGAGAACGAUGCCCUCGUACUGUUUGAGAUGGAACAAAUUAACGAUGCUAUCAAAAAGGAGAUGUCACAGAAAGACGCAAGUUUCUUGGACUUCCUGCGGACCCCCGGAAAUAGGAAGCGAUUGGCUACGCUUGUGGCUUUGGCGUGCUCUUUAAACUGGAUGGGCAAUGGCAUCAUCACCUACUAUCUCGCACCUGUCCUGAGAUCUGUCGGCAUCACUGCCCCAGUUCAGAUCACUUUGAUUAACGUCGGGCUUGCGGUGUGGAAUCUGAUACUCGCCGCCAUCGCCUCUGUGUACUGCGACAAGGCCGGUCGCCGACCUCUAUUUCUCACAUCGACUGUAGGCAUGUUCUAUUUUGGGUUUUAUGACAUUGCAUACACCCCUCUCCCGAUCGCGUAUACGGUUGAGAUCUUACCCUUCUCUAUUCGAUCCAAAGGCAUGGCCCUCUUCACAAGCACAGCUACCUUGGGCAAUGCUUUCAAUCAAUUCGUGAACCCGAUAGCCCUUAAGAGCAUUGCAUGGCGAUAUUACGCCGUAUAUAUUGCGAUUCUGCUCUUCUAUUUCGUAUUCAUCUUUUUGAUGUUCCCCGAAACUAAGCGUCUAUCGGCUGAAGAUGCUGCGAGGGCUUUCGACUUCGAUAGGAAGGGGCAUCCCUUGGGCGAGCCUAUAGAUCUUGAGCGCAGCAGAGGUAGCCACAGCGACGACAAAGAAGCAUUUGUCUCUAUGGCCGAGGGCGAAGACAAGGGAAAAUAA